CUUGGCCUGUCCAUUUGGUCAUUACAUAACAAAACUCGUCUCGAGAAUUAAUUACCUAAGAUUAUUCAAACCUCUAACGUUGUUCACAUUGAAAUCACUUGGCAAUAACCUCCUCCCCCGUUUAUAAAUAGCUUCAUCACAAAUUCGUUAUUCAUAUCCAUACCUAAUUAAGUUCAUCAUGAAGAUCUCUUCUAUUUACACUCUCGCAUUCAUCCUUCUCUUGCUUCUUUCGAGCUCGUCGGCAGACCAUCACGACGACCACGACGAUCAUGACGAUCGCAACGAUCAUGAUCACGACGACCACGACGAUCAUGAUCACGAUGACCACGAAGACUUCCUCGAAUGCUUGUCCGAAAAAUUCGCGCUCUCCGGCGUUGUCUACACCCCAAGAAACUUGUCCUACUCCUCGAUCCUAAACGUAUCGAUUCAGAACCUAAGGUUCACGUCCCCGUCCACGCCCAAGCCUUCCGUGAUUGUGACACCCCAGCACGAGUCCCAAAUCCCAGCCGUCAUUUAUUGCGCAAAAGACAACGAUAUGGAGAUCAGAACCCGAAGCGGAGGCCAUGACUACGAGGGACUAUCUUACAUCGCUAAGGUCCCCUUCGUCAUCCUCGACCUAAUCAACUUCGCUGAAGUCACCGUCAAUGCAACAGAGAAGACCGCAUGGGUUUCCUCCGGCGCAAGGCUCGGAACAUUGUAUUAUCGAAUCGCAGAGCAAAGCCUAACACUAGCCUUCCCCGCCGGGGUAUGCCCGACUGUCGGAGCUGGCGGCCACAUCAGCGGAGGCGGCUACGGCACAUUGCUGAGGAAAUUCGGCCUGGCUGCCGACCACGUAAUCGAUGCACGAAUAAUUGACGUCAACGGAAGAAUACUCGACCGGCGAUCGAUGGGGGAGGACCUGUUUUGGGCCAUAAGAGGCGGUGGUGGCGCGAGCUUCGGCAUCAUUCUUUCAUGGAAGGUGCAGCUGGUCGAUGUUCCUCAGACAGUCACCGUUUUCACAGUCGCAAGAACUUUGGAGGAAAAUGCUACACAGCUUAUCCACCGGUGGCAGGACAUUGCCCAUAGAUUCGACAGGGAUCUGUUCAUCAGGAUCAUCAUAGAACGUGCGAACUUGACCCAGAAUGGGAAUGGGAGGAACUACACAAUCCAGGCUUCCUUCAACGCGAUCUUCCUCGGCGGGGUCGACAGGCUGAUUCCACUGAUGCAAGAAAGCUUCCCGGAAUUAGGGUUAAGAAGAGAAGAUUGCAACGAGAUGACCUGGAUCCAAUCCACAUUGUAUUUCGCAGGCUUUCCAAUCGAUUCACGUGAAAUCUUGCUGAACAGGACCCAGCCCCAAGUUCCAUACUUCAAAGCCAAAUCCGAUUUUGUGGAGACACCAAUUCCGGUGUCGGGUUGGGAAGGGGUUUGGAGACUGUUGGACGAACCGGAAGCUGAGGAUGCUCAGCUCAUCCUCAGCCCCUACGGUGGGAUAAUGAACGAGAUUCCAGAGUCUUCGAUUCCGUUCCCACAUAGGGCUGGGAAUCUGUACAAGAUUCAGCAUUUGGUGUAUUGGAAUCAAGAGGAUGCUCCACAGGAGGGCAGGUAUAUAAAUUGGAUGAGGAGGCUGUACAGCUAUCUCACUCCUUACGUUUCGAGCUCUCCCAGGUCUGCCUACAUUAAUUACAGAGAUCUCGACAUCGGAGUCAAUAACAACGUGGGAAAGACGAGCUAUUCGCAGGCGAGUGUUUGGGGUUUGAAGUAUUUCAAGAACAAUUUCAAUCGGUUGGUUCGAGUGAAGACCAGGGUUGAUCCAGGGAACUUCUUCAGGAAUGAGCAGAGCAUUCCAUCACUCAACUAAUUAAGUCGUCUCUAUACUUACACAUAUGAAUAAAUUAAAUUAAAUUAAAGGUGAAGAUUCUUAUUGUUUAAUCUUUCAUUACGUUGUAUUCGCAUUUGAUUAAGUAUAUGUUCGAUGUUUGUAACGAUUGAUUUGUAGUAUUAUUUUACUGUUGUAAUGAUAAAGGGAUACGUAUA